GAUAUUUUGGAUUAUUAUCACCUGAUAACGAUGCUGCCCCGGUGCUGAUUCAGGGUGUGAGUGCUGGAGGCAGAGAGACCGACACCUCCAGUAACACUGACUGAGUGACAGGCCAGAGUGGACAGCUUGAUGGUGGUAAUAAGCUAAACAAAACAGACCCAAACCGAGGCCGAGAUGGAAUUACGACUGGGAUUUAGGAUCACCCUGGUCUUGGUCAUCCUGGCCUUUACUCUUUCCGGUGAGAGAGUGGAAGCACAGAGGGCAGGGUGUAAAAAUGUCCACUAUGACCUGGCGUUUAUCCUGGAUACCUCAUCCAGUGUUGGAAAAGAGAACUUUGAGAAGAUCAGACAAUGGGUGGCCAACCUGGUGGAGUCUUUUGAUGUGGCGGCAGACAAGACAAGAGUAGCUGUAGUUCGCUACAGUGACAGACCUACCACUGAGUUCAACCUGGGGAGACACAGGACCCUGGAAGAUGUGAAACGAGCUGCCCGUAACAUACGCUACCUUGGGGGAAAUACAAUGACUGGGGAUGCUAUCAGCUACACCACCAACAACAUCUUCACGGAGCAGAACGGAGCGAGGCCCACAGCCAGAGGAAUUCAGAAGGUGGCCAUCCUUCUCACAGAUGGCCGAAGCCAGGAUUAUGUUCUGGAGCCCUCUAAAGCAGCUGCCAAAGCCGGCAUCAGGAUGUUUGCCGUGGGCAUUGGGGAGGCACUGAAGGAAGAGCUGGAAGAAAUCGCGGCUGAGCCAAAGAAUGCCCACGUCUUCCAUGUGACAGACUUUAACGCCAUUGACAAGAUCAGGGGCCGGCUGAGGAGGAGGCUGUGCGAGAAUGUCCUGUGUCCUAACAUGAAGGUUCAACCUGAUCGCUUUAAGCCCAACAGCACCAGUUAUGGUCUUGAAGAGGUUCCAGGGUUUGACCUGAUGGAGUACUUCAAUGUGAGAGAUAUUCUGGGAACGAGAGAUGAUGAAAGCCAAAGUUCUUAUGUUCGCCUUGGCACCAUGCCCAUUGUACAGCAAACUGAAGACGUGUUUCCUCAAGGCUUGCCAGAUGAAUAUGCCUUUGUGACAACAUUCAAGUUCAGGAAAACCUCAAGACGUGAAGAUUGGUACCUCUGGCAGGUUUUUGACAAAUAUGGAAUCCCACAGGUGUCCAUCCGUCUGGAUGGUGAGAACAAGGCGGUGGAGUACAACGCUGUCGGGCUGACAAAAGAUGCUGUCAGAGCUGUGUUCAAGAAUCCUGAAGUUGACAACCUAUUUGACCGCAACUGGCACAAGAUUGCCCUCAGUGUGGAGGCCAAGUCUGUGUCUCUGUACCUGGACUGCAAACACAUACAGACUCUGCCCAUUGAAGACAGGGAGGACAUUGAUAUCCAGGGGAAGACAGUGAUCGGAAAGAGACUGUAUGACAGUGUGCCAAUUGAUUUUGACCUCCAAAGGAUGAUGAUUUACUGUGACUCCAAGCAUGCAGAGCUGGAAACCUGCUGUGAUCUACCCAAUGGACCUUGCCCCAAGAAAGUGGUGACAGAGGCUCCUCCUGUGCAGAUCCCCACUCCAACACCUACUGUUGUGGAGCAGCAAAGAGGCCCUCAAGUCAACUGCUCCUGUCCUGCAGGAGAUAAGGGAGAGAUCGGUGCACCUGGUGUUGCAGGUCCCAAGGGUGAAAAGGGUGACACUGGCCCUGCGGGUGCCAUCGGACCGCCUGGCAUCAAAGGAGCAAAAGGAGAAACUGGCAGCGUAAUCUCUGUCAAAGGUGACAGAGGUGAGAAGGGUGAUAGAGGCAGCAUAGGGUUGACAGGUGCUCCUGGACAAAAAGGAGAGAAGGGGCUCGGUGGUGUGCCAGGUAUUGAUGGCUUACCUGGCGACAAAGGAGACCAAGGUGACCCAGGACUGGCUGGUGAUCCAGGGCUGCCGGGUCCAGCUGGACCAAAGGGUAUUCAAGGGGAUGAGGGAAGUCCUGGUGCACCUGGACCAAAGGGUGUCACUGGUGAAUCAGGUUUAAAAGGUGAAAAAGGAACUCCAGGAGCUGCGGGCUUGGCAGGUUUGGAUGGAUUACCUGGAAAACCUGGUGUUCCUGGUAAAGAUGGUUUGAGAGGACUGGUUGGUGUGCCCGGGCCCAGCGGAAUUAAAGGCGACAAGGUUCAAAAAGAAGGCUUACGGGGUGAAAAGGGAGAUGCUGGACCUCCUGGGCCCCCAGGGCCUGAGGGUCCCCACGGGCCUCCUGGUCCUCCUGGUCUACAGGGUCUGCCUGGGAGCCUGGAGAGUUUGGCCAAAGG